UACGACAUAAAUGCGGAAAGCUUCACGGCACACAUGCGUCAGCGGAAUUGUAGCACAUUUUCAGAGUUAAGAGUUCAAUUUCCUUGAAAAAAAGGCGACUUUACCCUUUAGUUAUGGUCAAGGAGACGACAUUUUACGAUCUUCUCGGUGUUCCUCCAAGUGCUACUCCAAGUGAAAUAAAGAAGUCUUAUCGUAAGCUCGCGCUGAAAUAUCACCCAGACAAAAAUCCUGAUGCCGGUGACAAGUUCAAGCAGAUUUCUCAUGCUUAUGAAGUCCUGUCAGAUGAGAAGAAAAGGAAAAUUUAUGAUGAAGGAGGAGAGGAAGCGCUGAACAGUGGCGGGGACAUGGGUGGAUUUCAUUCACCUAUGGAUAUUUUUGACAUGUUCUUUGGAACAGGUCAUGGUCGACACAGAAGUAGUCACGGUGAAAGAAAAGGGAAGGACAUGAUUCACCAGCUCAAGGUUUCUCUGGAGGACAUGUACAAUGGUACAACAAGGCAGCUGGCCUUGCAAAAAAAUGUUGUUUGUUCUAAAUGCGAAGGACGAGGAGGGAAGAAGGACUCAGUGGUAACUUGCAAUACAUGUCAUGGCAGUGGGAUGUAUAUCAGGAUCAAUCAAAUUGCUCCAGGGAUGGUGCAACAAAUUCAAACGCAAUGCAGAGAUUGUGGUGGCAAUGGAGAAAGAAUAUCAGAAAAGGAUCGCUGUAAGACCUGCCAGGGAAGGAAAACAGUCAAAGAACGUAAAAUCCUGGAAGUUUACAUUGAUAAAGGUAUGAAAGAUGGCCAGAAGAUCACAUUUACUAGUGAAGGAGACCAAGAACCUGGUAUUGAGCCAGGUGAUAUCAUUAUCAUCCUUGAUGAAAAGCAACACCCAGUCUACAGGCGAAGUGAUUUAGAUUUGCACACAAAUAUGGAAAUUGAACUGACAGAAGCGCUUUGUGGUUUCCAAAAAACGAUUGAAAUGUUAGACAAAAGGCAACUGGUCAUUACAUCUCACCCUGGAGAAAUCAUUAGACCUGGUGAAAUGAAAUGUGUGAGAGAAGAAGGAAUGCCUAGAUACAAAAAUCCUUACGAGAAAGGACAACUCAUCAUAACAUUCUCGAUCAACUUUCCUCCAGAUAGCUUCAUUUCACCAUCUAAUAUUCCUCAACUGGAGCAGCUGCUGCCUCCCAGAGAAGAAGUCAUCCUUCCUGAAGAAGGUGAAGAAGUGGACCUUGUAAAAAUUGACCGCGAUGAACAAGAAAGGAGUCGCAGGCAACACAUGCGCAAUGCUUAUGAUGAUGAUGAGGACUUUGGUCAUCCGCGAUCAGGAGUACAGUGUCAGUCUCAAUAGUGUUCAGUCUCCUGUAUUUACACAGAAUGUCAUAUGAAAAGACUCUUAUAAUGCUCUAUUACCCCUCUUUAGUAUAUCUCUAUUGAUCACUUAAGUUUUUUUUUUUUAAUCCAAAAUUGGCUGGGCUUCAAACUGUGUCACCUUUUGGUCUGGCAUUAAGUUGUAGGUAUGGUAUAUCCUCAAAUGUAAUGGUUUGGCGGCUGUAUGUAAUAAGUUAAAAAAAAGCCAAGAGUAAACUCUCUUUAAUUUCUCACUGAAGUUUUCUGUACAAGUAGUGUCUUUCCUACCACAAUUAUCUGAUUUGCCAUACUGGCAAUGCUGUGGGUUGCAUGGUGUGAUGUUGUUGACAAUGGUUUUGAUGAAAAGUUGUUUGUGAAGAAUUCUUGUCGUUUAGGUCUUUAGUAGCUCUUUCAUCUGCAUGAAAUGCUUGUUAAUGAAUUUUAAAGCUGGCCAUGUCUGACUUGCAGACCAAUCAACCCAGAAAGGUCUGGCCAUGACCAGAGUCUGUAGAAGGUACAGACUCCAGUAGUUUGAUUCCAACGGUGCUUUAUGGUUGCUGUUUGUUUUCUAUUUGUACUAGUGUGCUUUCCAUAGACCCUUAAAAGUCUCUGGUUUUUGUUUGGUUUUGGAGAAUCCUCUUUGCAAACAGUUUUGUGGUUAGGUUCAAAUUGAUACCGUGCAGUUUUGAAAGAACUCUCACUCUAAAAUAACGUAAUGUGAACUGAAUAAAAGUAGUUAACAUGUGAUGCUACCUUCAUUAGACUAAUGUACAUCCUGGCACAUAACUUGAAUUCCAAAAAUACAAAUAUUAGAAAAUCAAGUGCUACUAAUUUACAACUUUGAAAUAUUAUUUUAUUUAUUUGUUUUUUUGUAACAUGCAUUGAUUGUUUUUAAUCUUAGCUAGAGCUACAUGUAGAAACUAUUUUUUCUCAGUUUUAAUUUUUGUCUCUAAAUUAUCUACACCACUUGACCUCAAGGACCACAGAGAUCCUGAAGAUACAAACUCCUAAACUUCUUCAACUAGCAAACAGAACCAGACAACGUUGGGUUUGAAUUUAAAGUAGUUUAAAGAACACAGUACGCUCUUGUUUUGCUCUUAGAUUUUAUUUAUUUAGGUCUUUUUGCAAGUCAAUUUAGAGACAACCAGAUUUACUUGGAACUUUUGUUCAAUGUCACGGUACUUGUGUAAUAAUUUAUAAAGUUUAGGAAAAAUAAAACAACUUUUGAAAGAAUGGCUAAA